CGAUUUUAUUGGUGGAAAUUUAGGGGCAGAGGGAACCAUGAUGCCGGGAACGAAAUAAUAGGAAGUCGUACAAAGCUAGACGAGUUUCUGAAGCAGCAUUUUUGUCCAAUCGAGAAUGGCUGCUGAUUCGGUCGAAUUUUGUAUUACAUCAAGAUGCGGCUAAAAUUCUGUUGAUAUUCUUAUACAGAGUUGGAGUGAUUGUCGGCCAUAGAAUAGAUUGAAUUCCGUAGACCCUUGGUGGGAAAACAGUUGAUGAUUUUUUUAACCCACCCAACUACCCAAGCAUGUGAACAGACCUCGAACGGACUGAUUUUCGAGAGACUCGGGUAUUGAAAGGCUGUUGAAAGAAGUAAUUAUUGUUAAUAGUUGACAAAUAACAAGCUGUGUUAAAGUGAGUUCCAGUUUAUUAGGGGGUAAAGAAGUACCGGGUGAUAGAAUAAUCAGUUUGGUAUCACCGAGAAUUUGGGAGGCUGUAAAUCAUAGAAAAUUAAAACUGUGGAUGCUGCGAGGCUUAUACGUAUGUAUGUAUGUGAGAUCUACAUGAUUCUGGUCUGCUGCUGCUGUCGUCGUACCAUCGUAUCGGACCGUUGUAGUUUGUCAUUAUUAUUAAAAACUGCAAAAUUACGGUUAUAAAUACGAACAAUAAUUGUGUCACUAAAACGAACAAGGGAAUAGUACGCGUUAUAAUACGUAACGCCAUAAUUAACGGACAUUUAAUAAUCACUUAGAAGACGCCUGCCUUAGCAAUCAGCGGCGGUGUUUAUUCAACCCAAGUGGUAUCAAUGUUGUCUGGCAAUGGUGUGUAAAGAGAACGUGGUAUCAUGGUUUGGGAAUCUCUCCAGUUAUAAACGUAUCGAUGUGAUGUGCACACUGCUGAAUAUGUGUCUUCCGUUCGAAGUACGAUACCUCGGCACAUGUGUCGAGGAUCUUGGCAAACGGGACUAUAAUGAUCUUCGAGAUACUGAGCACCGAGCCAACAAUGCGUCGGAUCUUGCAGAGCUCACUAAUCUUGGUGUAACAGACAAGAGGACGCGGAGGAAACUUUCCCUCUAUAUGGCUUUGUUGCACUCGUGUAACUACGCCUGCGCUGUCAUUUUGUACAAAAACCUUUCCAGCGUUGAUUUUCAAGAGAUUGUUAAUCUACUGAAUGGAACCACAUUCACACAGGACGAUCAAACCCUGGAUGAGCUUCUGCUGUUGUAUACAAUGGCCUUGAAUCAUCCAGCAUUUACCUACGAGCAAAAAUCUGUUUUUGGCAAUAUUUUUGCAAAACUGCAAGAAGAAGAAGUCAGACUUAAUCCUCCUAAACCGGUCACCAACUCCUCAUUCAAAUCAGCACAAGGAUGCACUCCAUGUGCUACCCCGAAUGACAGGGUGGGGGAUACCGAAACUCUAACAAACUGCUUGAUACCUCCUCCAACAAUGCAGCAAUUUCACGGAGAUAUGUCUGCCAGAAACAACACCAUCGUCACAGGAAUACCACCUGGUCUGACGAUGCCACCACCUGGAUUGUGUCUUCCCGGUCCCGAUCAGAUGUCCAUGGGUUCUGGUGGAGCGGCUCAAUAUCUGCACCUCGGUUUUCCCUCAGUUAAUCACAUGCCCCCGUGGUCAGGUCAGGUUAUGAUGAGCAACCCAGUUCUGUAUCAAACAGGCGAUGUAUUGGCUUAUCCUUCUUCUCCUUUAGUGAGUCGUCAGUCAUCUCCAUCACAAUCCAGAUCUCCUAGUCGAAGCAAUUCCCCAAUGAGUAGUCGUAGGAACAAUGCCAUCCCACGCACCUCCUCUCAAGCCACUCAGUCUACUUCAAACACCCUGACAACAUCCACAAGUACAAGCUGCACUCAAACGAGCAUUUCACACUCGAGCGCAGCCUCUUUACCAUCCUUGCAGCCAUCCGCUACUAGCACUACCACCACUAGCAGUGGCGGUAGCAAAGGACAGUCCUCUCUUCCCAGUCAAUCUCCGCUGCCGCCUUCGCAAUGGUCUGUUCCUCCACCCAUAGCUGUUACUGCAGCCCUUCCCCCAGGCAAUUCUCGACACAGUAACGCCGAGGGUUCAAUGACAGGUCAAACACCAGCUGGUAGUUCUAAACAGACACCACCUCCUCCACGGCUCAGAUCAACGGCUACCACUGUAGAAUCUUUGAGAGAAACUGUGGGCAAGGAAAUACCAAGUUUCAAAAAUAAUCUUCAAAAUCUAUCCAUUGACGAGAUUAGGAGAUUGGGUGAUGAGGAAUUGCGGGAAUUGGGAUUGCCAUCAAAUGCAGUAGGUCAACUACAAAGUAUCAUGAAGAACCAAACUCCGAAUGGUUUGAAUCUGCUUUCGUCUGACAAGAAACUGGAGAGUUCAACCAACGUCAUUACACAUCCCGCUCUAGAACACGUUGAGAACGAGGUUAUCAGAGGAAGUGACGCGUUGAGCGAAGCAAGUCCCACCGGCACAAAAUGCAUCCCGUUACAGCAACCGCAGCACCAAGUUUUGCAUCAUCAUCAUAAUCACGCAAGUACGAACGUGAGACGGUAUCCGACUAUUCCGCCCAUGGACCCAUCCCAGAUGCAGAUGUACCCUCAACCACCACCGGUUUACACCGCACAAAACACGCCAUGUUACGCUUGCCUAACAAUGCCAGUGGGUGGAGUUCAGAAUCGUUAUGCCAGGUGUAACGCCCAGCAAGUUUACUGCCUUACGCAGCUUCAGACUUUGAGACUGGAUCCGGAAAGCAGUCGACACUGUUCUCAGAGCAGUAGUUCCGAAAGUACCGGAAGUCGAUCUCCUCCCGAAACACCACCAGCGGCGCCCUGGGUUGGCGGUGUAGAAUCUUCAGCUCCAAAUCAGUUACCUACAGAUCACACCAACUCUGGAGGAGUAGUACCACCUCAUCCGACGAUUUCCGUGUCGUCAUCUCACCAAGCUCCUCAACCUUCUAUGCAACAACCCUUACCUGAGAAACCAAGGAACAGUAGGAAAAACCCGACUCACUACGUACGUCACAAAAACCAAAUGGUCAACGGUGGGCCGCAAAGUAUUCCUCACUGCGUUCCCUUCACACCCCAGCCGUCACAUUCGCCAAUAACUUACCUCCAGCACGGACAUUUCCCAUCCCUGAGACCUGCCGCUGGUAUCUACUCAAACUUUUCUCAUGCUGCGGCGUAUGGCAGGCCCACUUAUCCCACGUAUCAACCAAAUGGCGAAAUGAUGUACCAGUACCCUGGCGCACAUCCUGGGCAUCAUCCUGGCUCAGCAGGAACCCCACCGCCACCCUCAGCGCCAGCUCCGCCUCAAGCACCUUACCUGCCUCCUACUCCGGUGGUUACUUACUCGACAGUAGUACCACCGCCAAAAGUAUCUUGCUACAACUGCGGAAGCAGCAAUCAUCACGCUGCGGAUUGCAAGGACCAAACGAUGGAAGACCUCACUAAGGGAGCCCAGUAUCGACUGGAUUAUACGAUACUCAAACAACCUGGAGAGUGUCAGAGUUCCGACAAGUGAUCCCCUAUCGUGGACCAUCAUUUAAAUACCUACCACAACCCUACUACCGCUACCACUACCAGAACCACAAUAAUCACCUGGCCUAUCGAUAAAAAAUCAAACUACCGCUACCGUUCUCAACACAAGUUGUCGGUCGUUUUUCUAGACUUCUAUAUUGAAAAUAGGAAUUUUUUUCAACGUACCCCUGUUUGCCAGCUCGCUGUACCUCGCAAACUUUUUCUGAAUUCUUAUUUAUGAUAGCGCAAUCAUUAUUAUUAACUUAUCUUCCUCUCCCGCCCUUGUUGUAUUCGAUAAUCCAAGUUUAUCGCCUACAAAAGUGAUUUGACAGCGUACUUUGUAUUUUCAUCUAUAUUUUCUAGAAUAUUCUCAGCGUUAUUUUCAAUAAUUCGUGUUAGGUAUAUUAUAAUUUUUGGCUGCGCGUCUUUUCAACGCAAAACUUGUAAUACCCAAUCGGUUAACUUAUUAACUUUCUAGUGACUAGCGUUACAAACAAUAAUAUCCAGUGAAAUUCUGGAGCAUAGGUACAAUAAUAAAAACUACAGCAACAACAAAAACAACAAUAAUAACAACAAAAAUAAUAAUAAUUAAAUAUUCAAACCGAAGUUUUCACGACUAUCAUUACACGACGCUAAUUAACAACAACAUACUUUUAUAGUUUUAUCAUCUAUCAUUUUUACGUGUGGAUAUAAAAUUCAUUAUGAACAAAACCAAACAAAUUUUCGUGUGAAACCAUAAGUGUUCGAUCGUCAUCUCUAGCUUCCGUUGCGCUCCUGUGUGUCUAAACUAAAAAAGAAAACUUAAAAACAAACAAAAAAAUUAUAUAUACUAGACGCUGCUCACUGCUCAUUUAAUUAACUUAUCCAUAUACAUAUAUAUAUACAUAUAUACAUAAUAAUUAGUUGGGUAUAUGUAUGUUAUAUAUUAUAUAUAUAUAUAUAAUAUAAUUCUCAUCCUAUUUAUAAUAGUUAGGCAAUCACACGUGCAACUUAAGCAAUUUUAUACAAGUUUUAUCGAUCGCCCAUCUUUUUUAAUUGUAGGCAGUGUUAUACAUUAGGACUUUACUAUAUGUAUAAAAAAAAAGAAGCAAAACAAGAAAUUAAUGUACGAUGAACAGCUCGAGACGACAUAGAAGUUAGUCGAUCCAUCGUUUCAGUCGUUUAUUAUACAUGUAAUUAUAACAAUUUAAAUUACGUAAUUAGAUGUCCAUGUCGAUUAUUGAUAAAAACUCUGGCUAAUUUCGUUGUACAUUACAAUAAUGAAUUAAAAAAAUUGAAGAAAAGUAUAAUUAAAUAAAUUAAAAACAAAAAAAAACAAAAAAAAAUAUAAUAGUUAUUGUAAAGUUUAAAAGUAGGUACCUAUGUAUUUGUAAAUAAGAAGGAAGACAAGAAAGAAAGCGUAACUAAGUAUACAAUCUAAACUAUUAUAAGCAUUGUCUUAUCGAAUAUGAGCGGGUAGGUGACAACGGAUGCCACAUGCAUUUACAAUGCCUAUACUAUUAUUAUACAAGUCUACGGACGCUAAAUUACUAGACGUUAAUUUUUUGUUUGUGGCAGCUAGUCAGAGCCCCACUAGAUUUAUUAGAGGUAAAAUAUUGAAAUUUGAACACACCAAAGGCUAAAUGGGCUUCGGUGUAUGCUCAUACUACCGAUACCAAUAGCCAAUAAAGCGUUGUGAGGGUAGAAAUUGAAAACAACAGAAAGAGAUAAUUUCAUUUGCAACUUACGGUCGUCUUUUAAGUCCACCAAAAUAUGUGUAUGCAUCGGAGAAGAGUAUCCAAAUAAAAUUGCUCAUUUAUUUGUUGUUUGCAUGGAGUUCUGAGUGCAGCGAGUCGGCUGCCUCAUAAUUCAGUUCUUCAAAGUGUGUAAAAGAUGAAUCAAUUGUACUUCUUCUAACUUAAGGUGAUGAAAGCUCGGUUGUAAUGUCAUGUUCGCCUUCUACAUAUCAGUUUAUAUAUUAUACUUUCCCCCGUAUACUAUAUUAUUAUUGUAUCGACCACCCAUCUUAGGCCUUUAAUAUUUUCAUAUUUCUAUCGAAGCAUUAAUUGGUUAUCAUCGCCUCAAAUCAUUUGCAGACAUUUAUUCUGUGUGUACAAAGAAUAUCCUAGGAUAAUAUGAUAUAUACAUAAUAUAUAUAUACACAUAUUGUAUAUUAAAUGAAUUUUUUUUUCCACUCUAUUAUUUUGCUCUACAUCUCGCUGUGUAAUUUUUCUAUCUCUGUCCAAAGAAUGAGUACGUCGGGUUAAUUAAUUAGUUUUUCCGAAUGUUCCUCGACGUGAGUGAAUAAAUAAAUUAUACAUACUUAUGUAUGUGGAUAAAUAAUAAAUGCUAACGUACCCCAUAUACGCUUUUGUAUGGAAUGAUUGUCGUAUAAAAGAAAAGUAAAAAAAAAAAACAACAAUAAAAAUAACAAAAAAAGAAAAUAGUAAUUUCUGACUCAAAAUUAGCUGGCAGCUCGUUAUACAUAUGUUAUUGUAAUACGAAUGUGAUUAAAAGGAAAUUAAAAUGAAUUAUAAUAAUAAGUAAUGAUUAUUUUCGAAGUGUUAAUAAUUUAGAUGACAUCGAUAAAGUAAUGAAAUGUUCAAUAAUAAAAGAAUUGGAAAAGUC